UUGUUGUCGUAUGAGGUUCCAGGAAGCCCCUGCCCCAUCGCCCCCAAGAGGGACAAGCGGCCGGAUGGCUCAGUGUGAGAACGGCUGCAGGGUCAAGGUUUGCUUCUUGACACUUUGCUCAUGGCAGAGAGAGGAGAAAUCUCAGCAAGUCAGUGUCAGAUCUCUUGCACCAUCACUGAGUGGAGGAAAUUGAGACACUUGACUUAACCAUGCAGAUAUUAUCUCUCACCAGCGUGCUCUUUUUCUCUCUCCACUAGCUGAGCAGAAUGAAGCUGUUGGCUUGUAUCGUCUUGGCCUCUCUUGCUGCUGCUGCUACUGCACAUCUACACUCAGACCCGACGCUGGAUAACCACUGGGAGCUCUGGAAGAAAACCUAUGGCAAACAAUACAGCCACAAGAAAGAGGAAGGGGAACGGCGCGUGACCUGGGAAAAGAACCUCAAGUUUGUUAUGCUGCAUAACCUCGAGCACUCACUGGGGCUGCAUUCCUAUGAGCUGGGCAUGAACCACCUGGCAGACAUGCCUGACCGGAAUUCCACCUACAGGCCACGGCCUGGCAGCAAAGUGCCUGACUCCAUGGACUGGAGGGACAAAGGAUGUGUUACGGAUGUGAAAUAUCAGGGGUUCUGUAGCUCCUGCUGGGCUUUCAGUGCUGUCGGUGCCCUAGAAGCCCAGGUGAAACUGAAAACUGGAAACCUGGUGUCUCUCAGUGCACAGAACCUAAUCGACUGUUCCACUACAUACGGGAACCAGGGGUGCCUGGACGGAUAUAUGACCAACGCCUUCUGGUACAUCAUCGAUAACGGCAUUGAUUCGGACGAUUCCUAUCCGUACACAGCUCAGAGCGGAACGUGUCACUACAACCCUGCCACGCGAGCUGCCACCUGCUCCAACUUUGUUACACUCCCGCAUGCCAAUGAAACAGCCCUGAAGGAUGCCGUAGCCAAUAUCGGACCCGUGUCAGUCAUGAUAGAUGCGGCACAGCCUUCGUUUUUCCUGUAUAAGUCAGGUACGUUCUCUAAGCUAGAACACCUCGCGCCCGGUGCU